AAAACAUUGGUGACAACAGCCACUUCAAUGCAACCUCAGCAUUACAGAUGGGAAGUCAUGCCUUCUGCAAAGGACAGCCAGCAGAAUACUGUCUUCUAUGAUCUUAGGAGAUAAGGCCGUGUCUCCUGUGACCAAGUGAGCUCAAAAAAAAGUCUCACCAUCAUUUCAGUGAACAGCUUGGUGAUCACCUGAGAAACUGAAUGGAGAAGAUGGAAACCAAGUACUGCAGCAGUGAUAAAGAAGAAACUUUCAAAACAGAACUGCCAUACUGCAUAGGAGAAAUUGACUUCACAGCUUCUGGGAAGAAACGUGGGAAGUUUAUUAAGGUCCCAAGUACUAUUCACCCUGGAGUUAUAUUUGAAGUCAUGCUCAACAAAUGGAAGCUACCGGCUCCCAAUUUGGUUGUCUCCUUAGUAGGGGAAGAAGAAAAUUUCCAGAUGAAGCCUUGGCUGCGAGACACCUUAAAAAAAGGACUCAUAAAGGCAGCCCAAAGCACAGAUGCCUGGAUUUUUACUGGUGCUUUACGUGUUGGAAUAACAAGGCACUUGGUGCAAGCAGUCCGAGAUCACGCACUGGCCAGUACUUCAUCCAAAGGAAGAGUGAUUGCCAUAGGAAUCACUUCCCUUGGAAAAAUUCAGCAGAGAGAAAUUCUGGACAACACAAAGGAUGGAAGUCUUGUACACUACCAAUCAGAUGAUAAUGCCCAAGGCCCACUGUAUUCAUUGGACCACAAUCACUCCCAUUUUAUUUUGGUGGAUCAUGUAACAUCAGAUGAACCAGACGAGACAGCUAAGCUACGGCUCACCUUGGAAAAGCACAUUUCUGAACAGCGUACUGGAUAUGGUGGAACAGGCAGCAUUGAGAUCCCUGUGCUUUGCUUACUGGUGAAUGGAAGACCAGUCACACUUGAGAGGAUCUGCAUUGGAUUGGAAAAUUCCGUUCCCUGGCUUAUCUUAGCAGGGUCUGGAGGAACAGCUGACAUCCUAGCUGCAUUCAUGGAUGAGCCGCAGCUCAUCAAGCCAGAAGCUGUUGAAAAGCAAUUUAAAGAGAAAUUCCCUGCGGAAAGCUUCCUGUGGAAGGACAUUCUCCAAUGGACAGCAACAAUCCAGAACAUUAUCUCACACCAACAUCUUCUCACUCUUCACAACUUUGAGCAAGAUGAUUCAGAACUAGACACAGUCAUUUUAAAAGCUUUAGUAAAAGCAUGUAAAAGUCACAGUCAGGAUGCUCAGGAAUAUCUGGAUGAACUCAAGUUGGCAGUGGCCUGGAAUAGAGUGGACAUAGCUAAAAGUGAAAUAUUCAAUGGUGAUGUGGAGUGGAAGUCCUGUGACCUGGAGGAGGUGAUGAUGGAUGCCCUGAUCAAUGACAAACCAGAAUUUGUAAAGUUAUUUAUUGACAACGGGGCCAACAUAUCCGAAUUCCUGACAUACAGUCGUCUGCAGAGACUCUACUGUUCCAUUUCACAAAAGUGCCUCCUCUAUGAACUUCUGUUGAAGAAACAUGAGGAAAGCAAGUUGACAUUGGCAGGCCUCACUGAUCAACAGCAGAAUAUCUCCCCACUCUUCACCCUCAGUGAAGUUUCUAGAGUUCUAAAGGAUUUUCUCCAUGAUGCUUGUAAAGGUUUCUAUCAAGAUGUCAGGCACAGAGGCAAGAACAAAUCAGAUAAAACAAAUACAAGGCAAUUACCUGGGCCCUUGGAUAUGAACCAGAAAAGUGAAAAGCCUUGGAGGGAUUUGUUUGUAUGGGCAGUACUUCAAAACCGGCACAAGAUGGCAAACUAUUUCUGGGCUAUGGGUCAGGAGGGUGUGGCUUCAGCUCUGGCAGCCUGUAAGAUCCUUCGGGAGAUGUCCCGUCUGGAGACAACAACAGAAGUAGCUCACAUAAUGAAAGAGGCUAAGUAUGAGCAGCUUGCUGUUGAGCUGUUCAGUGAAUGUUACCGCAACAGCGAGGAGAGAGCAUUUUCUCUGUUGGUGAGGAAAAAUCAGUACUGGAGCAAAACCACCUGCCUGCACCUGGCUACAGAAGCAGAUGCAAAGUCUUUCUUUGCACAUGAUGGUGUCCAGGCCUUCCUAACAAAAAUAUGGUGGGGAGACAUGUCUACAAACACACAGAUCCUGAAGUUAAUAUGUGGAUUCUGGUGUCCCUUCCUAAUCUAUACAAAUUUAAUAGCAUUCAGUGAGGAAAAACAACCAAAGAAUGAGACAGAGCCCUUCAAAGAGCUGGACAGUUUAGAUACAGAAAGGACUUUGUUUCUUUCUAAGGAAGAAUACAGAAGAAGUGGUAAAUUAGAGAAGCAGAACCCUUCUGAAAACACAGCGUGGGCAACAUUCAUCUUUACUCGGUGGAAAAAAUUCUGGAGUGCCCCUGUAACUGUAUUUAUGGGAAACGUUAUUAUGUAUUUUGCAUUUCUGUUUCUAUUCACUUAUGUCCUCCUACUGGAUUUUAAGCCACCUCCACCUGAAGGUCCGUCUGUUAAAGAAAUUAUACUUUACUUCUGGGUUUUUACUCUGGUCUUGGAAGAAAUCCGACAGAGUUUCUUCACAGAUGAAGACACAAGUUUAAUGAAAAAGUUUAAACUGUACGUGGAGGAUAACUGGAAUAAAUGUGAUAUGGUGACCAUUUUCCUCUUCAUAAUUGGGGUAACCUGCAGGAUGCUGAACUCAACUUUUCAAGCUGGCCGCACAAUCCUCGCCAUUGAUUUUAUGGUGUUUACACUUAGACUUAUACACAUUUUUGCAAUUCACAGACAACUUGGACCAAAGAUCAUAAUUGUGGAGAGGAUGAUGAAAGAUGUUUUCUUCUUCCUAUUUUUCUUGAGUGUGUGGCUCAUUGCCUAUGGUGUGACAACUCAAGCUCUGCUUCACCCUGAUGACAGCCGAGUGGAGUGGAUAUUCAGAAGGGUGCUUUACCGUCCCUACCUCCAGAUAUUUGGCCAGAUUCCACUGGAUGAAAUAGACACAUCACGAGCAUAUGCCAGGAACUGUACAUUUAAUCCACUGCAGAUUCUGCAGAACUCACCAUCAUGUCCCAACAACUACGCCAACUGGCUUGUUAUACUUCUGUUGGUCAUCUUCCUACUAGUCACAAAUGUUUUGCUUAUGAAUCUCUUGAUUGCAAUGUUCAGCUACACUUUUCAAGUUGUUCAGGGCAAUGCAGACAUCUUCUGGAAAUUACAACGCUACAACCUGAUUGUUGAAUAUCAUGGACGGCCUGCCUUAGCACCACCAUUUAUCAUUAUUAACCACAUCACUUUGGUUCUUCAAAUAAUCUUCAACAAAAUGGAACAUAAAAAACAACAUCUGGAAAGAGAUCUUCCAGUUGGGCUAGAUCAAAAAAUCAUAACAUGGGAGCUGGUGCAAAAAGAAAAUUAUCUAAUAAAACUUGAACAAGAAAGGAAAGAAAGCAACGAAGAAAGGCUGAAGGCCACAUCUAAUAAGGUGGAUAAUUUGUCUAAAUACCUGAGUGGGCUGAAAGAGCAAGAAAAGCGACUUAAAGUGAUAGAAUCCCAGAUUUGCUACUGUACAGCUGUUAUCUCCUCGAUGGCAGAUGUUUUAACCAAAACCAACCUCUUCUGCAAGCAAACAGAUCCAAACUACGCAUGUUCGAGAAAUGCCAACACUGAAGUGCCUUUGCCAGAAAGAGCUGAAAGAGAAGAGCGUGCGGAUCCAACUGAGGCUGACAUCGCAUACAUCGAUAAUUAAAUUUCAUUCUCAUUUCUUUGGAUUAAACCCUUUGCCCUGCUGAAUUACCAUCCAAGUAAAAUCCUAAUUUCAGGAAGGCUCAAGACCCAAACUUCAAAGUCCUCAUGGUAUCUUCACACUUUAUGAGAAAUACUAAUAAUAUUUGACACUACUGGGGAUUUCUUGAGCUUUCUUCCCUACUGCUCCUGCAUUGGCCUUUUCUCCAUUGCUCUCCUCCACAAACUGCACUAUGUCCAGGAUGACUACCACCUUGUUUUCUACAGUCUGUUCCCAAAGUUCCAUACCCUCAAUCACACUUCAUCAUCACUAAUUUCCAUGUUCUUUCCAAAGGAGUUUCCCCUUUAAAGGGCGACCAUUUCCUCACUAAAAACCAACCCACUUCCUAUGCCAAGAAAGCAAGCUUGCAUUUAUGAGUUGCUUUGAAAAAAAAAAUAAGUUUCCACAGGAAAGAAAGGGCCUGGGAUACCGACUUAUUAUACAAUUCAGACAGUUCCUAGAGCUCUUGUAACUCUCAAAUGAUUGCACUCACCGCUUUCUCCUCCCAUUUCUGGCACUCUUUUUUGGCUGUUUAUUAAUGCAGGCUCUUCACUCAUCCCCAAAAACUCACUGCAUGGUCCUCAAGUCUUCGGUGGCAUGCAGGCAGUUUCCAAACACAAAGCAGGUAACCCUUCCAUUCAGAUCCCCAACCUCUGCUACUUGCUUUUUCAGUUCAAUGCCAGAUGAUAUACUUGCUGUCAGCUCACUGCUAUUACAAGGAGACAUCAACCUUGCAUCUACAGCUAAGCAAUUUUCUGACUUCAUUCUGUAGCAAUACUUAGAAACUAUAAAUUUGGACUGAUGGCCAUUUUUUUUGCAUUACUUCUGCUGGCAUGUACCUUUCUAGAACACAAAUGUUAGCUGGCUUUAUUAUAAUUUUGUAUGAGGAGACAUACAAAUAAAAUGAGCAUGACUGCUGUCCUUUAAUGGGAAACUUCUUUGCACCAAUAUAAACAGUGUCAAAAGAGGAAAGUAAGCAGUGGGUUGUGUUCACACUCUGAUAAGCUUCAGCUGAACUUAGUUUCCUCAUUCAUAUUAUAAUGCUGCUUGUAUACAAAGAAAGGUGGUGAGAAAACUCUCUAUUGCCUCAAAACAGAGUUGGGGGGAAAAAAAUAUCUCAUAUGUGCUCAAAAUGCAAUUUGAUUAAAGACUCCAAUUUAAUUGGAGUCUUUAAUUAAUAGAAAUUAAUCUUACGAUUUCUGCCUAAAUAAGUGAUUGUUCAGCUUAUUCAGCUGCACCCCUGAUCAUAGUGGGGCCAUUAACAACAGAACUUGGAUCCUGUGCUAAAUGCUCUUCACCCUAGGCAAAGAAUAAGUUGUAAAAGCAGUAUGAUUGUAUUGAGCUACAUUUGUUAGGAAAUAAUGUGCAUAUUACAAUCUGCACCCGCUGUAUUCUUCUUAACCACUUCCUUUCUGAUACAGCUAUUUUUGUUAUUGACCUGAUUCAGUUUAAUCAAGUGAUUCUCUAUGUAUUGUAAAAUCACCACAGUGUUAAAAAUGUGAACUUUAGAUUCUAAACCUUAAGAAGCUGAAGGAAAAGUUACAAGAUGUUAAGCUGAGACUAACCUUCCAGAUAAUAAGUGUUCUAAAUGGUUCUCAAAUCAAAUAAAUGUAGUCAUUCGAACUCCUAUAUUUGCAUUAAUAUCAGUAUAGAUGAAAGAGAUGGAGAAACAAAAGUACAACUGAAAGUUUAUUGAAUUCCAAGGAAAAAAGCAUCGAGUUCUACAAACAUCCUGAUUCCCACCAAAUGUACACCAAGAAAUGUGGAAGCAGGGCCAUCUGGAAAGGCUAAACAAAUAUGCAGGCAAAAGAAAUCAACACAUCACAGUACUAAGAGAAGUUGUUGCAUAACUGAUCUACACUCAACAUGAUGAGACUUGGCAGUAGUGAUCUUCAGUGUGUCUUUACUAGAAUGUUUUCCAAAGUUGUGCCCAUCUGCAGGAAAAAAUGGUAUUUUCUUAACCUGGUUUUUUUGUGUAACAGUGAGUUAAAUAUUUGAAACCACAUUAAAAAACAGUUGGUUUGCCAGCACCCACCUGGGCCCUCUAAACCUCAUGCUGUACUCUCAAAGAGAAUG